AUAUGAAUAUCUGAUAAUUGUACUCGAAAUCAUAAAAUAUCUUAUAUAAAUAAUUGUUAUCUCCUAAGAGAUAAAGUUAUCUAAUUAUUUUAAGCAUAUUAUUGGAUACAUUCUACAAAGCAAAAUAAUAUGGCAACUAUGAAAUCUUUAAAAGAUGCAUUACGAAAAGAAAUGAGUAAUAUUAUUUCAAAUAUCACUGCUGAAGAAAAAGCACGACAAUCUUCAAGAAUAUUUGAAAAAUUGAAAAGAUUACCACAAUAUCAGAAUAGUAAAAGAAUUUCCGUGUAUCUUAGUACUAAAGACGAAAUUGAUACUACACUUAUUUUGACAGACAUAUUUGAAAAAGGAAAGGAAGUAUUCAUUCCUAGAUGUAAUGGAAAAACAAUGGAAAUGGUUAAAUUAUUUUCUAUGAAUGAUUAUGAAAAAUUGCCAUUAACAAAAUGGAAUUUUAAACAACCAGACAUUUCUGAAACUAGAGAAAAUGCCUUUCAAAAUGGUGAACUAGAUCUUAUUCUUUUACCAGGAGUAGCAUUUACUUAUAACGGAAAACGCUUAGGCCAUGGUAAGGGAUAUUAUGAUAAAUUCUUGGAAGAUACUUUUCAGAAACAGCAAAGAAAACCACAUUUAAUCGCAAUAGCAUUUAAUGAACAAAUAAAAGAUGACAUACCAACAACUGAAAGAGAUGUAGUACUUGACAUGGUACUUACAGAAAAAUAAUGAACAAUUUUGCAAAUAUUUAAUAAAUCAAUUAUAUUAAAUAAUGUGCUUACAAAAUUUAUACUUUUCAAAAUAAAAUAUAUUAGCACAACAUUUAAUUA